UUUCUACAGGAAACGGAUACUCUGUUUGACAAGACCCCAUGAUAAUUAAUUAGUAUUCAGACACGAUGUCUUCACGUCCUGAACUUAAGGUUGACGAUGAAGGCGGGUUCAUCAGGUUUUUCAAGGCCCUUCCCACUAAGAGCGAUGAUACUGUCAGAGUCUUUGACCGUGGGGAUUGGUAUACCGCCCAUGGAGAAGAUGCAGCAUUCAUUGCACGAACAGUCUACAAAACCACAUCCGUUUUGCGUCAGCUAGGCAAAAAUGAUUCCACCGGCCUCCCGUCUGUCACGAUGACCAUCACGGUCUACAGAAACUUUCUGCGCGAAGCACUCUUUCGACUCGGGAAGCGAAUCGAGGUGUGGGAGACCGAAGGCCGAGGACAUUGGAAGGUUGCGAAGCAGGCAUCACCCGGAAAUUUACAAGAUGUUGAAGAAGAACUGGGUGGUCAGUUCGAUGGCGCACCAAUUAUAUUGGCUGUCAAAGUAUCGGCCAAGGCCUCAGAGGCGAGAAACGUUGGUGUUUGCUUCGCAGAUGCGAGUGUGCGUGAGUUGGGCGUGAGCGAAUUCCUCGAUAACGAUCUAUAUUCGAAUUUUGAGUCACUGCUCAUUCAACUGGGUGUCAAAGAGUGCCUGGUGCAGGUUGACAAGUCGGAGAAGGAUGUUGAGCUAGCAAAGCUCAAAGCAAUUAUUGAUUCAUGUGGUAUUGCUAUCUCGGAACGGUCUGUGUCAGAUUUUGCUACCAAGGAUAUCGAUCAAGACUUGGCAAGAAUUCUGAAAGACGAAAAGGCCACAGCAACUUUACCACAAACAGAUCUGAAGCUUGCCAUGGGAUCAGCUGCAGCCCUGAUCAAGUAUCUUGGAGUUUUACAUGAUCCUUCGAAUUUCGGCCAAUAUCAGCUUUACCAGCAUGAUCUCUCUCAGUUCAUGAAGCUUGAUGCUUCAGCCUUGAAGGCUCUCAAUCUUAUGCCUGGUCCCCGAGACGGCUCCAAAACCAUGUCCCUCUAUGGACUACUCAAUCACUGCAAGACGCCUGUUGGAAGCAGGCUUCUAUCACAAUGGCUAAAGCAACCUCUGAUGAGUCUAGAGGAGAUUACAAAGAGACAACAACUUGUUGAGGCUUUCGUCGAGGAUACCGAGUUACGCCAAACAAUGCAAGAAGAGCACUUGCGGUCCAUUCCAGACUUGUAUCGACUCGCCAAGAGGUUCCAACGCAAAUUAGCCAAUCUUGAAGAUGUGGUCAGAGCAUAUCAGGUUGUCAUUCGCCUACCGGGCUUUAUUGGGACGCUUGAGGGCGUUAUGGAUGAGAAAUAUCGAGAUCCCCUCGAUGAAGCGUACACCACAAAGUUGAGGGAGUAUGCAGGCAGUCUUCAGAAGUUGGAGGAGAUGGUCGAAACCACCGUGGAUCUCGAAGCUAUGGACAGACAUGAGUAUAUCAUCAAGCCCGAGUUUGACGAUGGGCUCCGGAUUAUCAGGAAGAAGCUUGACAAGUUGAAGUAUGAGAUGGACCAAGAGCACAGACUUGCCAGCCAAGAUCUCAACCAAGAGAUGGACAAGAAGCUUUUCCUCGAGAACCACAAGGUGCACGGUUGGUGUAUGCGUCUUACGAGGACCGAAGCUUCGUGUAUUCGAAAUAAGUCCAAGUAUCAGGAGUGCUCUACGCAAAAGAACGGUGUCUUCUUCACGACCCAGAAGUUGCAAAGCAUCCGGAGGGAAUUCGAUCAACUUUCAGAGAACUACAACCGCACUCAGGUCAGUUUGGUCAAUGAAGUAGUCAGCGUCGCAGCGUCAUACUGCCCAGUUAUAGAGCAGCUGGCUGGUGUAUUGGCACACCUAGAUGUCAUUGUGAGCUUUGCGCACUGUUCCGUCCACGCCCCAACGUCCUAUGUCAGACCCAAGAUGCAUCCUCGUGGAGAAGGAAACACAAUCCUAAAGGAGGCACGACAUCCCUGCAUGGAGAUGCAAGACGAUGUUCAAUUCAUCACCAAUGAUGUGACCCUCAAGCGAGGCAGCUCCGAAUUCCUCAUCAUCACGGGACCUAAUAUGGGCGGCAAAUCGACAUACAUUCGACAAAUUGGUGUCAUCGCCCUCAUGGCUCAAAUCGGUUGCUUCGUCCCUUGCUCCGAAGCAGAACUCACCAUUUUCGAUUGCAUCCUUGCCCGAGUUGGCGCCAGCGACUCGCAACUGAAGGGCGUCUCGACAUUCAUGGCCGAAAUGCUCGAAACCGCCAACAUCCUGAAAUCAGCAACUUCGGAAUCCCUCAUCAUCAUCGACGAGCUCGGCCGCGGGACCUCCACAUAUGACGGCUUCGGCCUCGCGUGGGCCAUCUCUGAACACAUCGUCAAGGAAAUUGGAUGUUUCUCGAUGUUCGCCACUCACUUCCACGAGCUUACCGCGCUCGUGGAUUCCUAUCCCCAAGUGCAGAACUUGCACGUCGUAGCCCACAUUGAUGAUCAUGGCAAAGCGAAGAGGGAGGUGACGCUGCUGUACAAAGUGGAAGAGGGCGUCUGCGACCAGAGUUUCGGCAUCCACGUCGCGGAACUGGUGCGGUUCCCCGAGAAGGUGGUGAACAUGGCAAAGCGUAAGGCGGACGAGCUAGAGGAUUUCACGGGCAAGCACGAGGGGACGCGUAUUGAGCACAAGAAGGAGGAUGUCGAGGAGGGUAGCAUGUUGUUGAAGGAGGUGCUUGUCAAAUGGAAGCAGGAGUGCGAGGGGAAGGGGUUGAGUCGGGACGAGAUGGUGGCCAGCAUGAGGCAGCUGGUGCAAAAGGACGAGCGACUAUUGAAGAACCCAUUCUUUCAGAGUAUCAAGGCACUAUAA